UCUCGCCACUGCCGCUUCCCCUCCCCCUCUCCCCCCCGCGGGGGCUCCGUGCCCGGCGGGACCAUGUUCACCAGCACCGGCUCCAGUGGGUUUUAUAAGGCACCUCUGUCUAAGAGUCUUCUACUGGUUCCCAGUGCCCUGUCCCUUUUACUGGCCCUUCUCCUGCCACACUGUCAGAAGUUCUUCCUGUAUGACCUCCAGGCUGUUAAAAACGACUUCCAGAUUUGGAGGUUGAUAUGUGGAAGAAUAAUCUGCCUUGAUUUGAAAGACACUUUCUGCAGUAGCCUGCUUAUUUAUAAUUUCAGGAUAUUUGAAAGAAGAUAUGGCAGCAGGAAAUUUGCAUCCUUUUUGCUGGGUUCCUGGGUUUUGUCAGCCUUGUUUGACUUCCUCCUCGUGGAAGCUAUGCAGUACUCCCUUGGAAUCACUGCAGCCACUAAUUUGCCUUCUGGAUUGCUGGCACCUGUGUUUGCUCUCUUUGUCCCAUUUUACUGCUCCAUACCAAGAGUCCAAGUUGCACAGAUAAUGGGCCAGUUUUCCAUCACAAACAAGACAUUGAUUUAUAUAUUGGGACUACAGCUUUUCACCUCUGGUUCCUACAUCUGGAUUAUAGCCAUAAGUGGACUUAUUUCUGGUAUGUGCUAUACCAGCAGCGUGUUAAAGAUCCAUCAGGUGCUCUGUGUCCCCAGCUGGCUGGCAAAGUUAUUUUCCCGGACCCUUGAGCCCAUCUUUGCCACUGCGGAGCCCACCAGCGAAGCCAGAAUUGGCAUGGGAGCAACAGUAGACCUCCAGAGACAACAAAGAGUGGAGCAGCUUGAUCGGCAGCUGAUGCUCUCUCAGUUUGCCCAGGUGCGACGACAGAGGCAGCCGCAGGGAGGAAUGAUCAAUUGGAACCGCCUUUUCCCUCCUCUUCGCCAACGACGAAAUUAUCAGGAUGGUCGGGGAUCUGAGCAGCAAGCAUCCCCUCCUCUCGAAGUUUCAGAGGAACAGGUGGCCCGGCUCAUGGAGAUGGGAUUUUCCAGAGGGGAUGCUCUGGAAGCCCUGCGAGCAUCAAACAACGACCUGAACAUGGCGACCAACUUCCUGCUGCAGCACUGAGGGUCCAGGCCCCCAAACAGGGACGAGCUGGGCGUGACCCUGCUUCUGAGGUGGCCGGAGGACCCCGUGCCAGGGUGGUGAUGCUCCCCACCCCCUCUAACUCCAAGAUUGUUAUAGCCAGACUACCACAAAUCAGCUUGCCAUUAAAUUAGCACGUAUUUUCUAUCUUUAUUUUUCUACUGGGUAUUUUCCUGAGCUGGGAGAAUCAUCCCUCUUCCCUCCUGUGUUGUUGAAAAUGCAUUGAAGUGGCCAGAUUCUGCAGCAGCUUAAAGGGCACUCCAGAUGGGAAGGGCCCGCUGUUGUGACCUCAUUCUUUUGACUGCAGUGCGCCAUCCCCGCCUAGGGUUUGAUUGGCAUGUAGUGCUCCAAUGAGGGGAAGGGAGGUGGUUAUUUCAGAAAGGGGAGUGUACUCGGUCUGGGCUUUCCCAAUCGCUUUUGUUUUCUUUGAAAAUGUGUUUGCAACCCCGCUGUCAGCCCAGUGUGCCCUCCCCUGUGAGCUGGGCAGCAGACCUCAGUGAGGGGGAGAAGCAAGACACGGGAUUCUGUUCCUCUGUGUCCCCGCUCCUCCUCACUGCCAGUAGAAAAACAACAGUCUCCAAGCACCCACUUGAGCUUCUGGAAGACUCCGUGAAACUUAACUGGGAUUAAUUUUGCUCAGAAUACCCAGAGCUAGCCUUCUCGGCUAACAAGGUUAAAAGCGGGGUGAAGAGCAGGCCAAGACAAGAGUGAGUCCUGAACACUGUGCGGUCCUGACCAGAGAGCUCUCAGGUUGGCCCAGGGUGACUGGACCCCUGUACACAGGAAGAGGAAGCCCCUUACUUGGUGUUUUCGCCUGGCUCCCAUCCCAGCGGCUACAGGCGGACCUGCCUGUCCCUCUGGAAGCUGGCUCUGCCAGGUUCCCUGGGGCCUGGGCAGCGUGGCCGUGCGGGAGGGGAAGAGGAAGAGGCAGGAGAUAGGCUGAAAUGAGCAUGAAGAUUUACAGCACGUUGAUUUUGAUGACUUAAGAAACUUGUGCCACUGUUAGGUUCUACAGAAUGAGCAGAAAUGUGUCAAAUUGAUGCAAAUUUAGAUGUGUGCUGCAAUAAAGUUUUUAACGUGUUUUA